AUGUAUCACAUUGCCGAAAUUAUUUACACCAUUGUGAACAGACAAAGUUUUCUGAAUGAUUGUCUUAAUGAUCCUUCAAAUAAUUCUACUUACACUAGUUCUGAUCUGAAUGACAUUUGUGUCAACUCCUAUAACGUUACUUUGAUAUCUGCAGUUAUUGGUGCACUUAUUGAUGCGAUCGUUUUGAUAUAUUAUGCCAUGGUUAUCGCUUCUUAUGCUGCAAGCCGUAAGAGUAAAGAAAUACUUAUUAGUGAGGGUAAUGUGAAUAACGGAAGUGGUGAAAAUACGGAAAAUAAUGAAAAUAAUGUUAGUUCGGAAAAAGCAUAUGCAAAAAAAAUCGAUCCAUAA